CCACCAGACUAGUUUCUUACUGGCAUACCAUCGUCGUGGCCAUGUAUUCGUUGCAUCAAUAUACGUUUCCUCAAAAAAAAAAAAAAAGCAAUACAUUCUAAGAAAAUUCGGAAUUAUUCAUUUAACCAGAAUAAUAUUUUUAAGUUCUUUUAAUAAUUUUAUAUCAUGCGAAACUCAUUUAAUAGUUGUUCAUUAUUUUUAUUGUUCUGUUUGUUUAAAAUCGAUGCAACUUCAGGUGUUGAUUACAAAGGCAAGUCAAUUGGAAGUUUAAAUUCUUACCACCAUCAAGUUUCGGGUCAAGUAUACGCUGUUAAUGAGUAUACGCUUCUUCUUGAGGAUUUCACAUUUGACGGAAGCGCAAAUGAUGCAUUUUUUUGGGCUGGUUCUUCUAGUCGGCCAGGACCUCAAGGGUUUAUUUUGGCAAACGAAUACGGAAGAACGGACGUACUGAAGAGAUAUUUGGGAAAACAAUUAACACUGACUUUGCCAGACAAUAAAAAAAUAACAGAUUUAAAAUGGUUUUCCAUAUAUGACUUAUCGAGAAACGUUGCAUUUGGCGAUGUUGACAUUCCAGAAGAUUUUGAACCGCCAACCAAACAAGUUAUUGGAGCCUUUACGCCAAAAGCACGCGGUGUCAAUUCAGGGCAAAUCGAAAUAUUAGAUUCCAAAACUAUCCGAAUACCCAUGUUUUCCUACGACGGAGGAGGCAAAGAUACACAUUUUGUGAUUGGAAAUGGACCUCAACCAUCAUCCAAAGGUCAAAAAAUACCAGAUGAACUAGGAUACUUGGACAACUUGAGAUCAUAUUCAAAUGAAACAAUAGUGUUAGAACUAACUGGCGAUAAGACUGUAUUUGACGUGGACUGGUUAAGUGUAUAUGAUAUAGAAACUAAAGAAAAUUACGGAUGGGUGCUGAUACCAGAUGAACCCAAUGUACCACCCCUAUUACAAAAAGUCGUUAAUAAAGUAGAAAAUAUCAUGCACUGUGUUCAAUUGCACAAGAAACUACAGGUUACCUGGCAAGUUUUCGGUCCAUAUAUUACCAUCAGGUUAGCUGGUCAAGUAGAUGAAAAAGAUUAUAUGGCAUUUGGGUUUAGUGGAUCUGAUAAUAAUGCUCAAAUGAUGGGAGCUGAUAUAGCAAUUACAUACUUUGACGGAUUUCGGGGACAAGCUGUAGAUUACAAUGUCACAGCCCUUUCACCAUGUAUAAAAGUGUUGGGCCAAUAUAAAGGUGUUUGUCGAGACAUUUUGGUCGGUGGUUUGGACGACAACCAACUUCUAACAGCCAAUAGAGAGAAUGGUAUUAAUAUCAUAACUUACCGAAGAAACUUAAUUUCAUAUGACAGUGGUGACAAAGAAUUUAAAAAUAAUGUCCUAAACUCAAUGAUUUGGGCGAUUGGUCGUAUGAAUCAUUUAAACGAACCUUCCUUACAUGAUUUAUAUCCUAGAAGUGUAGUGAAAUUGGAUUUAGACCCAAAUCCACCAAUUGACACUUGUUAUCCAUUUUCAAUAAACAGUGAGCCGCUUAAAAAGGAAUCUUGGGAUCAUUCAAAAAUUAUAGAUAGUAGUCUUCGUGCGAUAACUGCAACUUUAGGUCCGUCAGGUGGCCAAAAAGGUUACCAAGGACUCACGGGUAUGCCUUCACCCGGUCUUGCCUGGUACAUUAAUGGGCAUCUAAUACCUGAAAUAUGGUUAAAAAGGGGUAUAACAUACGCAGUACUCGUUUAUGGUGGCAAUAAUGUGCAUAGUUCACAAUUAUAUCACCCAUUUGUCAUUACUGAUGAACCAAAUGGAGGUUUUGAUAGUAUGUCUGAAGCAGCUCAAAAGCAUACAAGGAUAUUAGCAGGAGUCCAGUAUACGUUAAGAAGGCAAGCACGGCCUAUUGCUGCCGGUCCUUUGUGUUUACGUGAGCGUCGAAAACUUAACCAUCGACUGGAUGAUAACUUUAUGACUUUCAAAGAGUUUAACCGAACACUACAAAUGAAAUGCGAACCAGGCGAACCAGCUAUUUUAGAAUUUAAGCCCAACACGUCAUGGCCAGACACGGUGUACUACCACAGUUUUACUCAAAGUAAUAUGGGCUGGAAAUUACAUAUUGUAGACAAAUUUAAUGCGGGAAUAAGCUCAGCAUCUCGAGUUCAGAUAUUUUGGCAACACUCAAGCAUGUUUUUCUACUCAAUAUUAGUAAUUGUGAUAAACUUUAGGAUUUAAAUUUCCUAAAAUUAUAGUCAUACUUCUUCCUGAAAACUUAUAGUUAAUCAUGAUAAUUGUUAGAUAUUUUUUUGUAAAAUAAUGUUAUUAAAUUAAGUUAAGUCUAAUUAAAUAUAAGCUUAUUAUCAUUUAA